CCCCAGGCAGGGGCCUCGGGCACAUGGCACAGCCAGAGGACGAGGUGAGGCUGGUGAGAGGCCGGUUUGGUGAAGAGGCUCACCGGGAGAUCCUGGACCACGAGAGGAAGCGGCUGGAGCUGAAAUGCAUGGAGUUGCAGGAGAUGAUGGAGGAGCAAGGGUAUUCCGAAGAGGAGAUCCGUCAGAAAGUGGGGACCUUCCGGCAAAUGCUGAUGGAAAAAGAGGGUGUGCUCACCCGCGAGGACCAGCAUGGGCGGCAAAUAGUGAUAGAGAACCAUCACAUGGUGGGUGGCGAAGAGUACAUGAUGCAGUCAGAGUACGGGAAGGGAUGCCCCUUGCAGUGUGACUGCACAACCGACUGCUACCAAGACGACAGCAGUCACCGCGAAUACAGGCUGAAGAGACGAUCCAGCAGCUCCACCUCUCCCCCACCCAAGAAGAAAAAGAAAAAGAAAUCGGGUCAUCGCAGGAGCCGGUGACAAAAAAGGAAACCUGGAUCUGAACGCAGUGGGGAUAGUUCUUCCCCGGUCCGGAAGGAGAAGAAGAAAAAGACAGGGAAAAAGCAUCGGAGGUACAGCAGGUCUGCGUCUGGAUCUCGUAAGAAGAGGAGGCACAGGUCCAGAAGUCUCAAGAGCAAAAGGAAAGAGAAGAACAAAGAUAGAAAAAGGUCACAUAGCGAGUCGUCCACUCGGAGGUCCCACAGGCGCAGCAGCUGCAGUUCCCGGAGCGCCUCGCUCUCCUCGGAUUACAGUGACUGCAAAUUGACAAGCAGACUGAGUCCCAAGUACAGAGAGGAUGCCCAGAAGGGCAGCAGUCACCAGUCCAGCCAGAGCCCCUCCUCCUCCUGUACCGGCCACAGCCGAUCGGCCACGCCUCACCAAAACGGGCACAAGGGCGGUGCCCAGAACGGCCGCCAUAGCCACGGCACCCUCUCGGAGAAGAAGCAGGAGCAAAGGCUGGAUUCCACGUCUCCUUCCACGAGGGCCCACGUCAAGUCCGAAGCCCUGUCGCCCCACUCCAAGGAAGGCCGGUGCAGCAAAUAUGGCGUCAAGGCCUCACGCCGGUCCGCCUCACCUCCGGGAAGAUGCUCAGGUGGAGAUAAGCGCUUCCACAGGCGCCAUGCGAGGUCCACGUCGACCCACAAGCACAAAGGGCGUGGCAGGGCCAAGCUCUCGGCCGCAAAGGAGUCCCCGCGAUCUGUCAGCCACACAGGCUACAGCAGUGACUCAGAGGGGUCCACCAGCUCGCACCCUCACCACACAGUGGCCGGGACAGAAAAGAACCAUGGGGUGCACCUAAAAACGGCAAAGGAGAGACACCACCGUGGCAGACUGGACAGUUGCUCUCCAGCCCCAGCCAAACACUCCAGGCACAAGUCGGAGCGAAGGAAGAGCCUGUCUCGGAGCAGCUCCUGGAGCUCCAGCCGGUCCCCGUCGAAAUCUCGGUCCCGAUCCCGGGAGAAAAGAUCUGCACGCAGCAGGACCCGGUCUGGAUCCCAGAAAAAAAUAGCAAGCAGCAGAGAGAAGGACAAUGAGCCGCGGGCCCGCCACAGUGACACAGAACCCACGCGUGCCCGGCGUCGCUCCCGGAGCUACUCCCCCAUCCGAAAGAGAAGGCGUGACUCCCCAAGCUUCAUGGAGCCCAGAAGAAUCACCAGUGCCCGCAAGCGCCCAAUCCCCUACUACCGGCCCAGCCCGUCCUCUUCCAGCUCCCUGACGAGCUACUCCUACAGCCGCAGCCGCAGCCGCAGCUACGACAGCUACAGCAGCAGCCGCAGCCGGACUCGCACCCAGAGCCGCAGCCCAAGCUACAACAGCCGGAGCAGUUCUGAGAGCGCUGGGUUUUGAGGGCCAGCUGCCCGGUUGCUGGAGUGAGCUGGCCCUGCCCAGCUGCCCUCCCCACCCGCCCACCCCUCCAAGGCAUGCCCAGUUUUAAUUCCUCAACCAGCGCCAGCCUCCGCUCCUUCCUUCCUCGUGACUCUGGAGAUGCUGGGUGCAUUCAGCCAGCAAGGAGCUGGGAGCUGGCCCAGCCAUUAACCGGGGAGUCAGGAAAUCUUGUAGGUGGGGGGGAGAACUGCUGAGUCACCUGUUAGAACGCAGCAUUGUGGCGGAGGAGGCCAGACACUUGUUGGAAGUUCAGGGUUGCAAAAGGAUCGAGGUUUUGUGGGCAAAGACCCCAAUCGUCUGGCUGCUCACAUGGACAAGAGGCCUGAUGGUGGACUCUGUUUUGCUUUGUUUUGUUUUUUUAAAAGCUAGUUUCUACUGACAAAAGGGUAGGGAGGGUCUCCAGGGGAAUAACGCCUCCAGGGUUCAGGAUCAUGCACAGAGCGUAUGAACAAACACCAAAACCCACCACUGAACUUUGGACUCUAGAACAUAGGAGUCCUCGCUACUUGAUCGCACCCAGCCUCGAACAAACAGCUCACAGAAGAUUCUUCCUCGAGGGGAGUUUGAGGGUUGUUGUUGUUGUUGUCCACCCCACCCCCCUAAUUUAUUUGUAGUGUUUAUUUAUUUCGACUCCAGCAGCCUGGAGAGGUUAAUGUUUAAUUUAUUUUAGGAGGCAGGAAGGAGAGGGUUGGGUGGCAUGGGAGCACAACUCUGUUAAUUUCCAGAAGGAGAAAUUCCAA